AAUUGUCUACCUCCGGGAAGUCUUAGAAAUUUGGGAAAACUGAUUAUCACUUCCUCCGACCAAGUGAAAAUUCGGGCUAUUGGGUGUGUAACAGAAUUAGUCGGGCGUUGCCCUGACUUCGAUUCAUCCAGGUGUCAUGAAAAUUGGAGAUUAAUUGAUGAAAGAAUUACCAGAAAGUGGUUUUCCUCGAUUGGCUCGCACUCGAAUGCGAUGUCUGAGGAUGCUGCUUCACAAACAGAUUCGGCUAGCAAACUCUUUUGUCGUAUUUUUGAAAUGGCUAGACAACCUUUUCAGGACAUUAGAUUUUCUACAUUCCGUCUGUUAGCUUCCAUUGCCAGCCAGUCGUGGGGCCUUCAGUUGUUUCUUAAUUCAGCAGGCUUUUUCGAAUAUUUACUAGACACGUCUACUGAGGCUAACAUGUCGUCAAAUCAAGGAUCACUUUUGCAUGAAAAAUUUGCUAUAGCAAGAAUUGCUUUACGUACUCAUAUGGAUUCAGUAGAUGCUUCUGGUUCCCAAAAUAUUCUGACAGAUGCUCAACAACUCCGCUUGGAGGGGUUUCUUGAAGAGGGUCCUUGGGGAAGACUACAGGGAGAGUCGACUAUAGCAAUGGAGCAAGCCUGA